GAGGGAGUGGAGGAGCUGCUGCCUGGAAGGAAGACACAGAAGCAGCUUGCCUUGUCUUGCUGUCUUUAAGUCCUUUCCCAGCCAUCCUGGAACCAUGGGGGCAUCAGGAUCCAGCCUCCUGGACGAGAGCAAGUGCACCUACAUCCGAGGAAAGACAGAAGCUGUGUUCAAGAACUUUAGCCCACACUAUAAACGACAGUAUGCUGUGUCCUUUUGCAAGCACAUCCAGAAUGAGCUGGAACAAAAUAGAGACCUGCAGUCCCAGUUCUUAAAAACAAAGCCUCCUGCAGAAUCCAGUAUGGUCUUCUAUGAAGGAGAAUUGUUACACUUUGUUGAAGAGUUGAAGAAAUGGAAGGACAGAUACAUAGUGAUUAAAAACAACUAUGCUGUGGAGAGCUUUGAAAGCAAAGAGGCAUUCCAAAAGGGGCUUAGUGCUAAAAGCUGCAUUCUACCUGUGGGAGGCAAAGUAUUGACUACAGAGGAAGAAUAUAACUUAUUAUCUGAUAAGCAUUUCCCAGACCCUAAUGGUUCCAGUGAAAAAGAGAAUGCCCCAGCUUUUGUUGUCCUUCCAAAAGAAUUCCCUGUCUAUCUGUGGCAACCAUUCCUCAGACAUGGUUACUUCUGCUUUACGAAUGCAGAGGCUCAGAAGCAAUUCAGCACAGCACUGAAUGACUGCAUCAGACACCUAAACCAUGAUUUUUUCAAGCAGCCCUCAUUUGAAGCACAAGCAUUUUUAGAAGCUGUCCAGUUUUUCCGUCAGGAAAAAGGUCACUAUGGGUCCUGGGAAAUGAUAACUGGCAAUGAAGUACAGAUUCUCAGCAACCUUGUGAUGGAAGAGCUUUUACCUAGCCUUCAAAGCAUGUUGCUUCCUAAAAUGAAAGGGAAGAGGAAUGAUCGAAAGAGGGCAUGGUUUGGGAUAAUAGAAGAAACUUAUUAUUUGGUUCAAGAUCAUGUUUCAGAGGGAUUGUGUGCCCUGAAAGAGGAAUGCAAAGAAGUUACCAAAGGUCUUGAAGGAACUGUUCGUUCAAACAUGGAUCAGAUUAUAACUUCCAAAAACUUUUUAGCUGGGAAAAUAAAAGGGAGUGUAUCUGAGCCUGUCCAGAAAUGCUGUGGUGAAAACAUCCAGCCUUUUCUUGUUUCCAUACUGGAGGAACUCAUGGGCCCUGUGAGCUCUGGAUUUGGUGAAGUCCGUCUUCUCUUUGAAAAAGAGGUCAAUGCAAUUAGUCAAGGCUUUCAAGCAACAAAUGAUAUCACAAAGUUAAAAGAGAAUGUGAAACACCUGAUGAACCUGCCAUACCAUUCUGUAAAAAUGGAACCUUGCUAUCUGAAAGUCAACCACCUUCAGGAGCAACUGCAGGACCUCAAGAGUCGCUUCAGAUUUUAUGACAUUGAUUUGAUUAUUCAGAAGACCCAAAAUUUAAUGCAGGAGCUGCUGGAAAAUGCAGUGUAUACCUUUGAACAGUUGCUGGGUCUGAGCCAUCCUAAAGAUUUGGCCAAGCUGGCAGCAACCAUUGAAAAAGUCAAACUGCGUGUCUUAAAGCAAUACGACUAUGAUAGCAGUACUGUCCGGAAGAAGAUCUUUCAGGAUGCUCUGGUCCAGAUCACUUUGCCCACCCUGCAGCGAACACUGGCUUCCACCUGUAAACCAGUGCUUCAAGAAUAUGAGGAAUACAUCUUUGCUGAGCAUACCAAUGUGAUACAAGUUGAAAAUGUCUAUGAAGAAAUUUUACUUCAAGCUUUGUUGGAUGAAACCCUACAAGUGAUAAAAGAGGCUGCACACUUGAAGAAACACAACCUCUUUGAAGAAAUGAGCCAUCCUUUUGAAAGUGUCUCCAGUUUGAGUGAUCUAAAAACUCCAUCAGGAUCAGCACAAGCCAGCCCAGCCAGGAAGCCAGCCUUUAGUGAGACAGAGGUCUCAGAUACUGACACUACAAGUAAUGAAAUUUUCACACCAGAAAAAAACACUCUGGAGGAGUGCCAUGAGACCAUGAAACCAUUAGACAGUAAAGAAGGAGCUUCUGCUGAGGUAUCUUCCAUUCCUUCUGAAGCAAAGGAGGAAGUAGUCAUUUCAGAUUUCAGUGGCAAGGAGGAGUUAUCCAAUGUAACACAAAAUGCUAUAGAAGAACAGAGAGACUCUCAACUUCCAAAUGUAGUAGAAGCAACAUUAAGUACAAGUGCAAGAGCAGAAAAUAUGGAGUCGGUGGAAGAGGAAAAAACUCUGCUUCCUGAUGGUGUGGAUGAAAUAAGGAACUUGCUAACACUGACAGUUGAACUGCCAGUUGAUAUCUCAUCUGAGAACACAAAACAAGCUCUGCAUGAAACUUGGAUUUUGAAGCCACAGGAAUCUGCAGAAGAAACAGGCAAAGAGGACCGAAUGAAUGCUGAAUUAUGUCAAACAUGUGAGAUAAAGGAGCCCAAAGUGGCUUUUCCUUUCACUGCAGAUGGAAAUAACACAAAUAUAGCAAGCACAUUUGGGGAGAGAAGCUUCAUAACACAUAUAGAUCCUUCCAAUGAGUCUGGAGAGCUGAGUGUUUGUCACUCAAGGCCAGAGUUGGAGACAAUCAUGUGGUUUACUGAUGUGGAGAACAGCAAUACUGGUAACCACUUCCAACCAAAACCACCUGCUGAAACUGGACCAUCUGGCCAGAGUGAAGUAGGCCUUUCUCAUGGUCAUUUUGAUUUCAUGGAUCAGGCAUUACAAGUAGAACAGUCUGCUGAAAAAGGAAUGCUUAAUCAGAAGGAAGAAGUCUUUUCUUCUCAUUCUGUCCCAAUGGGUGAUAAUAGCAAAACAGAGCAACCUCCUGAAGGUGAUUUUCAAGAAGCAGAACUCUCUUCUCCUCAGUCUGUCUCUAGGGAAGUGGAUGCACCAUCAUUUUCAGGUUACCCUGUUGAAACACAGGAGUCUAUUUUGAAUAUUGCAAAGCUGACAAUAGACCCAAAUGAUCAGCCACUUUCUCCAGAACUGAAAGAGAGUGAGAGUAGCAGUCUGGAGGAACUGAUAAAGAUAGACAAAACCCUCAUCUUCACUCAAGGGGAUGAUUCUGAACAAGCAGAUGUGUCCUUUCCAAGUGCAGAGUCUAUGAAUAUGACAGAAGGUGCAAGAGACAGAUGCGAAAAUGCUGAGGGCAACAAUCUUGAGUUACAAUCUGAGAAGUAAAAAAAGGCAAUCUGGGGAAUGUAAAACAUUAGCCCUGAGAUCAUUAUGAUACAAGUCACCUCAAAAUUAAUGUGGAGAGAUUUAUUCAAACACACGCACCUUAUCUGAGAGCACUCACAUUCUCAUUCGGCAUCUGCUCAAGAAUCCUGGUGGCCUGAAUUACUGCUUUUGUCAGCCCAUUCCUGCUUCUUCUGACAAGAUGGAAGUUGAUAAUAUAAAAUUGAUACUGGCACCAACGUGGUAAAUACUUACAUAGUCUGUCAGCGAUACGUUGGUAGGUGAUAGUUUGCUGAGAACAUUUAUGUCACUGUUUAUAAUAAAUUUUACUGUCUCAUGUGGGUGAGGACUGCAGUGAUGUGAGAGCAAAAUUUAGAAGGAAAGGCUUAAAUUAGAUGUAGUAAAGGGGGAGUGAAACUUUGUAUGAAGCAUGUUAAUAAGAAGCAGAUGGGAAAUUUUCAGCAAUAGGGUGAUUUGCUUAUUAGAAUCUUGCACAGUGUAAUGGUGCAUAUAUAGUGUUAACCUUGAAUAGCUGGAUUAUUCUUUUUGUAUUUAAAAGCUUUGGCAGAGAUUUGACCAUAGAGCAGUUCAGUUCUCCUCCUUUUUUAGUUGCUGAAAUACUUAAAUUGCCAGAAUAGUUGGCAUGGGUUUCUUGGUUCCUCCCCGCCCCCUUUGCACCUUUUGUAGGGCACUUUAUACAUUUUUUCUCCACAGGGAAUGACAAACGUUUCACAGUAAUUUGCACCUGUAUUUAUUUCAAAGUGCCUAAACCAAGGCUAUGCCUAUUUAAAAAAAACGCACACUCCAGUGAUUCCUAAUUCAAUGAUAAGGCAGAUGUGGUUUGUCUACAGAAGAAUGAGAUUAUGCAACUUUCAAUAUACAGCCCACUCUGUGUAUUGAAUCCAUGGAUUCAACCAUGGAUUGAACCAUCUAUGGAUUGAACCAUCUACGGAUUGAAAAGAUUCAAAAUUAAUAUCAAUUCCAAAAGCAAGCCUUGUUUUAGCCAUUUUAUAUAGGGACAACAUUUUAUUAUGUCAUUGUAUUUAAUGGGACUUAGGCAUCCACAGAUCUUGGUAUCCAUAGGUGGUCCUGGUACCAAACCCCAGCAGCUACCAAGGGCCCAUAGUAUAUGUUAUACAAACUGAGUGUAUUUGGCUGUUUCUUUUGGCCAUGACAAUGGAAACCAGGACCAAGGUUUACUUCUUAAUGGAAUGCCUAUCUACAUAUUUUCUUUUGCAUUUUGGGCUACACUCUUAUCAUUUUAACAAACCCUGAAAAUUCAGGGGAGGGUCCAGGUCUAUCUCAGAUCAGGCCAGGAGAUUCUCCUAGCUACCCCCAUUUCCCUGGUGGUCAGAGCCACAAAUAUUAUUUUUAUAGUAACAUUCAUAAGGAUUACAUCCAGCACUUGCUUGCGUAGAGCCAGCGUGGCAUGGUGGUCUGAGUGCUGGACUAGGACUUGAGGAGACCAUGCUUAAAAUCUCUGCUUAGCCAUGGAAACCCAUGAUCUUGGGUAAGUCUCUUAGUCUCAGAGGAAGGCAAAGGCAAAUCCCCUCCGAACAGAUCUUGCCAUGAAUACCCUGUGAAAGGUUCACUUUAGGAUUUCUGUACGUUGGAAACAACUUGAAGGCACACAAUAUUAACAACUUCCUUUUCCUUUUCCUGUACUCCCAAUGUACCCCAUCUGCUCUGGAGGAAUCACUAACUCUUCACAGCAGAUUGGAAGGGGCACAUAGGGUGUCAGCAGGAAGGAGCAAAACACACAAGAACAAUAGCAUCCAUUCUGCUGGCAGGUAAUCAUCUUUGGAUACAACCAAAUAGGAAUAUUUAACGUGAUAGUAUGGGCAGAUACACUAAUGCGUUUGUUUUAAAAUUAAGGUACAAAUAUAAUAAAACUUUUUAACAGUCAUUAACAAAUAUUACUCCAUCCCUAUUAAAACUAAAGUCAUAGUUAAGAAGAUAUACCUGGAACUAACCACAGGCAUUGUUAGAUUUUGACCACAGAAACAAUUGCAAUGCUAUCUAAAGGAUGCUUUUAAAAAACUAAUACAGGAAUUAUGAAGGCGAUUGUAUCUCUAGAACAGAUUCAGGAUGUCAACAUUACAUGUUUGCAUACUCUUAUAAUGAUCCCCCAAGUAAAUACAUCUAAGAAAAUACUUUCACAUAGCAUGGAGUCAGUAUGGGGUAUGUGCACCAUAAGUAUCCCAGGCAAUGGGACUUUUUGGUAUCUGUGGACCAACAAUAGGAUCAGGAAGAAAGUCAGUCCUAUCUCCUUCUCAUAGAUUGAACUGUCGCCCCAUUCCCUUGUUCAAGACACUAGAAAGAGUUGUUUAUACAUUUGUGUGGUUCAGCUCCUUCCCAUUCUUAGGUCUUGCCUUGUGGUACACUUCUUUUUAGCCAUCUCUGCCUUAACAGAAAUGUGAAAUGCAAAAAAGGAUUUGGCAUAUCCCAGUUACGUUCUAUAUGAAUAAUCUUUCUUGAGUUGAUACAUUCAGACACAGUUAGACAGCCCCACUGUUACUAAAGUAAUAGAGUGCAUUUAAGCUAACACUUGCUUGAAAACAUAGUGUAUAUUUGAUUAUUACUUUAAGGACUGGUAUGUUUUUACAAUAUUGAAUUUCUUAUUGCAAGUCAGGACUAGAGUUAAUAUGUAUGUUCUAGUGGUGUAUAAUUAAUUUGACAUAUCAUUUUCUUGAACGUGGAAGACUGAAAGUCAUCACUGAUGAAAUUGUUGGCUUUUCUAAGUAUUUUGAUAUUUGCACCAAGUAUGAAAAAUUUAAGAAAGCAAUUUUCACUGGGUAUUUUGGUCUAGAAAAAAAAGAUAAGCUGGAAAUUUUCUGGAAAGAGAGGCAGGCAAGCUGACAGGUGAAUACCACCUCAGAGCUUACCCCAGGAGGCCUAUCUCUUCUAUUCACAGGGGCAUCUACUACAAACUCUCCUAUGAAAAGGAUCCUGGUCAUUUUUUGAAAGCAAAUGUUGUGUCUGUCCUGAUUUUUAUUAAUGUUACUUGUAAGCUCUCAUCGAAGGAUUUGUAUCCUGAAUGGCAGGUUAUAAAUAAUUGUAAUAAUAAUAAUAAAAAAAAU